AUGCUGAUGCUUCAGUGCCUCGACCACGUGUCCGCCGGUUACGGUUGUGUCGACAAGCAGCGCAAGAGCCCUGGUAGUCGUGGUAUGGCUGGUAGUCAACACCACCACCGUGCCAAUAUCGACAAGUUCCACCCCGGUUACUUCGGCAAGGUCGGUAUGCACUACUAUCACAAGAAGCUCUGUGAAACCCACAAGCCAUCAUUCAAAAGUUCGGGUGCUCGCAAGCUGCUAUACCCACGUGGUUAUUUUCUGGGCCGGUAUCGGCCAAACUGA